UCACACUUCACCAUGACACGCAAGUCAGCCCAGCAGCCUGUCUCCUCAAAGGAGCCCGUCGAGGAUGAUGCGCCCGCCCAUACUCCUACCCUCAUCUCCCCGCCCGAGUCCAAGACGCCCCCGACUGCCACCCACAAGCGCAACCAGGCCGACUUCGCUCAAGACCGCAACUCGGAGCCCAUUGAUCCUUCGGCGCUGAGCAAGGCUCUGGAGCAAUUCGAACAAGCUGGCCGGUCAUCGCGCGAACGCCCGAUAGCCAGUCCGAGCCGCAAGCGCCAACGUCUUUACGGUGAUAGGUUCAUCCCUAAUCGCGCUGGCCAAGAUCUCCAGGCGAGCUUCUCCUUGCUUCAUGAAGAUGGUUCGCCAGCUACGCCAUCUCGAAGCGCAAAGCGGGCUCCACACAACGAAUUAUACUUCCAGAAAACCGAGGAAGCAAACCGGACGUACUCUGAACUGUUGCGGUCUGAACUAUUCGAUGGAACGGUCCCCCAGGCUUUGCCUCAAAGUCUUUCUCCCACCGACAGCGCUGGAAUGCGUGCGUCUGGUCGUGCCGAUACUCCUCCUGCACGCGCAUCUGCGCCGCUGCCAGCUCCCAAUCUAACUCCGUCCACUCCCCACAAGAACCUAUUCAACUACUCGGGCCAGCCCACCCCAUCGAGAACCCCGUCGAGCAGGCACGGCAUCAAUCUCAACGCCCAGUCCGAUCUUUACAGCCUGUCUCCCAUCAAGUUCAGCAGCCAGAAAAUGCUUUUGAGCCCGCAACGGACCCCGCGCGCUGUUUCGAAGGUGCCUUACAAAGUGCUGGAUGCGCCCGAUCUGGCCGACGAUUUCUAUCUCAAUCUUGUUGACUGGGGUAGCCAAAAUAUCCUCGGUGUUGGUCUCGGUUCGUGCGUGUACAUGUGGAAUUCUUCCAGUGGCCGUGUGACAAAGCUCUGUGAACUGAACGACGAUUCAGUCACGAGCGUUAGCUGGAUUCAGCGUGGGUCCCACCUUGCUAUUGGUACCAAUCGAGGCUUUGUGCAGAUUUGGGAUGCGACGACACAGCGUCGCUUGCGGACCAUGACUGGCCACUCGGCUCGUGUUGGCGCCCUAGCAUGGAACGAGCACAUUCUCACUUCUGGAUCACGAGAUCGAUCAAUCUACCACCGCGAUGUGCGACAACCUGAGCAGUGGUUGCGCAAGCUUGUCGGACACAAACAAGAAGUCUGUGGCUUGAAGUGGAACACGGAAGACAUGCAACUCGCUUCUGGCGGCAACGACAACAAGCUUAUGGUUUGGGACAAACUCAACGCAGAGCCUACCUACAAGUGGAGCGAACACCAGGCUGCCGUUAAGGCUAUCGCAUGGAGCCCCCAUCAGCGUGGCCUUCUUGCCAGUGGUGGCGGUACAGCAGACCGGACCAUUAAAUUUUGGAACACACUCGUUUCUUCCAAUGGGCCUUCUGCUGCUUCACUUGCUACCGCCUCCUCGGCCGCCUCGGCAUCCGGUCCCGGCGAUCUUGAAGCCUCAGCCAGUGCACCAGCCAAUUUGAUAAAAAGCCUGGACACGGGUAGUCAAGUUUGCAACCUGGCUUGGUCGAAGAAUAGCAAUGAGAUUGUUUCGACGCAUGGAUACAGCCAGAAUCAGAUCAUAGUCUGGAAAUACCCCAACAUGCAGCAGGUGGUUUCUCUCACUGGCCACACGUACCGUGUUCUGUAUCUCGCUAUGAGUCCAGAUGGCCAGGUUAUCGUGACUGGCGCUGGUGAUGAGACUCUCCGGUUCUGGAAUUGCUUCAAGAAAAAGGAGAAGACCAGCACCAUAAAUACCAUGGAUAAGUGGGGUGUCAUUCGCUGA